GGCGGCAGCAAGAUGCGACCACAGCAUAUCAAUUUAACGAUAGAUUUGUCAAAUGUCGAUUCUAGAAACCAAUGCGGGUCUUGGUCGAGUUGACAUUAGCCUAUCGAUGAUUCAGGCACAAGUUUCUUGGCUCAACCUCUCCUCUUGAGAGCUUGGCGUUGUUUGACAAACACCAGGACGGGAUCUUUUCCGCCCGCUGGUUGGAAUUGCGGCGUGCCCCCCAAGCUUACCUCAGCUUCGAUGCCACCCACGUGAGAGGGCGACAAUGCCGUGAUGACUUGGGAAAGAGCGCGUCUCUCUACGUGUCUCUGAAUUGUAGCUGAAGUCAUGAUCUUAUAACUUGGUCUUAUAGCAACGUUCUCUCUCAUUCUCACUAGACCAGGCUCAUACCCGGCUAGCCAAUCAACGAUCAUCACUUACAACAAGCUUGCUCUCCAGACCUUGCCGACCUUGUUCCGUGGCUGACCUCGACAACCGUGAAAACCUGCGGCAAUUGUCAGAUUGGUUCCAGGUAAUGCUCAUUCGCUCCCAUCGACUUCACUAUUCGAAAGUUAUCUCGGUCAAUACUACUGCAGUUGGUUUGGUAAAACCUUCAUGGUGUUCCUUCUUUCACAAGUUCUUGUCAGGAUCUCAGCCUACGUCAUUGAUCCCACCUUUCUUGUCGACAACAACCGUCAAUACAGCUUCAGGCAGCAGCAUGGAAACAAGAAGGUCGGCUCGCCUCGGUGCCAUCUACGAGUCUGCCAAAAUCACCGAGCCAGUACCUGCUCCUGCUCCAACCAAAUUCCGCAAGAGAAAAGCCGUCGAAGAGGACGACAAUGAGCAAGACACCACCCCAUCAACCCCCCGUCGACCUCGUGCUGCCCCCAAGCCCGACCUCGACCAAGCACCACCAGCAACACCAACCCCCAAUGCAGUCUCCCUCAUAGCCGAACCGGUCAACACAAUCUCCAAGCCCAAACCCGCUGCGGUAAACCGCCUCGCAGACCCCAACCGCACCAACGCCCUCCUCCUAUCCCCUCAAACAUCCCGGCUCAUCUCCUCCACCACCGGCGCCUCAGUCCAACCCCCUACUUCUCCCUCCGCCAUCCCGCUAGAAGGCAUCAAAACCACCCCCUCCACCACAACCACCACCAACCUUCUAGAAGAAGCCUGCGCCCACCUCAUCAAAGUCGAUCCCAGAAUGAAGCCCCUGAUCGAGAAACACCACUGCCACAUCUUUUCCCCUGAGGGUCUAUCCGAGAAAAUCGACCCGUUUGAGUCUUUGGCGUCAGGUAUCAUCUCCCAGCAAGUCUCUGGGGCGGCGGCAAAGGCCAUCAAGAACAGAUUUAUCUCUCUUUUCUACCCAGGCAAUGACAACACCACCACCACCCAUGAGAAAAAGAAGUUCCCCACCCCGGCGGACGUCAUAGGAAAGAGUAUCGAAACCCUUCGCACGGCGGGGCUGUCACAGAGGAAAGCGGAGUAUCUCCUUGGGCUGGCUCAGAAGUUUGUCUCUGGGGAGCUGACGGCGCAGAUGCUGGCUGAUGCGCCUUAUGAGGAGGUUCUGGAGAAGUUGAUUGCAGUGAGGGGGCUGGGGAGGUGGUCGGUGGAGAUGUUUGCUUGCUUUGGGUUGAAGAGGAUGGAUGUGUUUAGUACUGGGGAUUUGGGGGUGCAGAGGGGGAUGGCCGCCUUUGUGGGGAGGGAUGUGGGCAAGUUGAAGGCGAAGGGCGGGGGGAAUAAGUGGAAGUAUAUGAGCGAGAGGGAGAUGGAGGAGAUUGCGGAGGGGUUUAGGCCUUAUCGGAGUUUGUUUAUGUGGUAUAUGUGGAGGGUUGAGGAGACGGAUAUCAGUACGAUGGAGUGAAUACCUCGUGCUGUUUGCUCAUAUCUCAAUAUUCGACAUACCGCUCUCGAUUUUUGGAGCAUUGACCAGCCGGAACUUUUCCAAGUCAAAUCCUAUUAAGUCUCAACUGCCGGAGUCAACUUUUGGGUGUCUGGCUCGGCACAUGAACCGAACCCAAGAAUCUAGUUCAUGCUGUUUCUUGCCGGUGUCACCAUACCCCAAAGUUGGAAUCCCGGUUAUGCAGUUCAGUUCAAGAAUCCCCAUCAGGGCCGCGAUCGAAAUUUCCACCAAAUUUCUGUUUGUUUCAGAUUUACUUGUUCGGUGGUAAUAUAUACCGUAUUAUAUCCCAUGUUUUGUGUGUUAUAUGUGGUAUUUCCCGCUUGAACGAUGCUUGUUAUUGGGAGGAGUUUAAUUACACCCAACAAGAGAGAUAAACUGCGGCGGAAUGGAUCCUAUUCGCGAGAGGUGGUGAUGGUAAUCUGUUUGGUGAUUUUAGUUUGGCAUUU